AUUGUUUCCGUUCACCAUCCCAAAAAAAAUCAAAAGCAUUCCCAAAUAAACUCCGAAGCUGAAAAACAAGAGGGCAAAAACUCACACUAUAUCAAAUGGAGAAGAACACUUCAUCUUCUUCAGCUGCUCACGUGCUCAUCAUUCCCUUUCCAGCGCAAGGUCACGUGAUUCCGAUGCUAUCACUCGCCAAGCUUCUUUCCUUCUCCGGCAUCUUCACCACCUUCGUCAACACCGAAUCCAUCCACCGCCGUCUCUCCGGCUCCUCCGGCCUCAUCGACCGCCGGAGAUUACGGUUUCGUACAGUCCCCGACCUCCUCAGCGACGACGGCGACAACGAACGUGAUUUUGAUUUGCCAAGUAGGUUCUUUAACCUUCAAGAGUCGAUGAGAAGAGGUUCAACAGAGACAUACAAGAAGCUAUUGACUGAGGAGUUCAUCGGUGAGUGGCCGCCGGUGACCUGCGUGAUCUCCGACGACAUCCUUGAUUUCGCCAUCGAGGUCGCCGGCGAGGUCGGUAUUCCAACGUUGGUUUUCCGGACAAGCAGUCUUUGUUGUGCCUGGGUUUUUGCCUUCAUCCAAAGCCUCAUCCACAAUGGAAUCAUUCCCUUUCCUGAGGAAUGUGAUAUGGAUGAGAUAGUAAAAGGAGUGGAGGGAAUGGAAGGGAUAUUGAGAAGGAGAGAUCUACCAAGCUUCAUGAGAAUGGUUAAGUCCACCGAAGACAAUUACAUCAAGCUCAUGAAUGGUUUUAACUCCAAUCUGAUUAGUAGCAAGGCUAUUAUCUUCAACUCCUUUGAUGCUCUUGAUCCCACACACUACUCCCAUUAUGAGCUCUUACUACCCUCCUAUUUUUACUAUCGGUCCUCUUCAUCUACUCACCAAAUUCUUUAA